UUACACUGAUUAAUGAAGGGGCAGGUUCAUGUUCAACCAGAUGGCUUUAAAAGGUUCUUCCUAGACACCCAAGGAGAUGUUGUGAAUUCAGCAUUUGAUAUUUGCAGCCAUGGGAUCAAAGCAGGUGCUAAUUAAGCUUUUGGCAGUGGUUGCUGCGUUUGUAUGUUUCUGGGAUGCUGUGUUGUCAGCUCCUUGGGCUCAUGCAGCUCUGAACCCCAGGGCCUUCCAAAAGUCUGCAGUGCUACAACCCAGGGGCUUCCAGAACCAGAGAUCUGCAGUGCUGCAACCCAGGAAGCAGGAUUUAGUGUUCCAGUCAAAGCAAGGCUUUGAAACUCCGCUGACCUGGACGUUUCCUCGUGAUCCAGUGCCAGAGGCCAAGCCUGAUGUGAGAAAUGUUGAGCUGAAGCAGCCUGUCCCUGCCAACACGGUGGGGGUCAAAUGUGGGGAGAAUCUGGUCCAGGUGGAGGUCACGCAGGAUCUGUUUGGUAUUGGGCAACUCAUCCAGCCGGCGCAUCUCACCCUGGGGGGCUGUGCUGCAGUUGGGGAGGAUGUCGAAGCCCAAAGGCUGAUAUUUGAGUCUGAGCUGCAGGGAUGCGGCAGCAAACUGGAGAUGGCAGAGGAUGCCUUCAUCUAUACCUUCUACCUGCUCUACAAACCAAGCAAUAUUGCCAACACCCCUGUUGUAAGGACCACUGAGGCUGUUGUAGGCAUUGAGUGCCACUACAAGAGGAAACUCAAUGUGAGCAGCAAUGCCUUGAAGCCUACCUGGACCCUCUUUGCAGACUCUAAAUUAGUUGAGGAGCAACUCUACUUUUCUCUCAAGCUCAUGACUGAUGACUGGCAGAUGGAGAGGGCCUCCAGUCAGUACUUCCUAGGUGACUUGAUUCGCAUGGAAGCCACUAUCCUGCAGUACCACCAUGUGCCUCUGCAGGUUUUUGUGGAAAGCUGUGUUGCCACGCUGGUGCCUGACAUUAACUCUAAGCCCAGAUACUCAUUCAUUGAGAAUGACGGGUGUCUAGUUGAUGGGCACUAGUUCCCAGUUCCUGCCUCGCUCACAGGACCACAAGCUUCAGAUCCAGCUGGAGACCUUCAUAUUCAAACAGCAGUAUGCUGGCCCUGGAAGUAAC